CAAAUCGCCGUUUACGGAGAAGACAGCUUUUAGCACCUCCCAUGUAUGUGAUCUAGUUAAAACAUUUUAACAAAUUUAUAGUUAUUUAUUGAUAGAAAUAUGAUAUUGCUGGAAAUCAAUAAUAGGGUAGUUGAAGAAACCUUAACAGUAAAAAUAAAAAAUGCACAAGCCGGGUUAAAAAACGAAAGUAUUGAUAUAACUGUAGCCGAUUUUGAUGGUGUAUUGUACCAUAUAUCUAAUCUAAAUGGAGAUAAGUCUAAAAUUAGGACUAGUAUAUCAUUGAAGUUCUAUAAACAACUUCAAGAGCAUGGUGCUGAUGAAUUAUUAAAGAGGGAAUACGGUCCUUAUUUGAUUGACCCAGAAACUGGUCACAAUGUUUCUGUGUUGUUAGACUUAGAAAAUAUACCUGCAGAUUGGCCGAUAUUUGUGAAAAAAUUGGGUUUGUUGAAGAGAAACUGUUUUGCCUCUGUGUUUGAGAAGUAUUUUGAUUUUCAAGAAAGAGGUGAAGAUGGGCAUAAACGGGCUGUGAUCCAUUAUAGAGAUGAUGAAACGCUGUAUGUGGAAGCCAAAGCCGAUAGGGUUACAGUAGUGUUCUCAACUAGAUUUCGUGACGAAGAUGACGUUGUCAUUGGGAAAGUUUUUAUGCAGGAGCUCAAAGAAGGUUUGAGAGCAUCGCAAAACGCUCCUCCAGUAUUAUUUAGUCACAAGGAACCUCCCAGGGAGCUGCAGAAUACAGAUGCUCGAGUUGACAACAAUGUCGGUUAUGUAACGUUCGUGUUGUUUCCCCGUCACACAGCUAGGACUACACGUGAUAACACCAUCAAUUUAAUACACAUGUUCAGACAUUAUUUGCACUAUCAUAUCAAGUGUUCCAAGGCUUACAUUCAUAGCAGAAUGCGCGCAAAGACUUCAGAUUUCCUCAAAGUAUUGAACAGGGCCCGGCCCGAGAACAAGUGCACAGAUAAAAAGACUAUGAGUGGAAGAACGUUCAUCAGAAGAGAUUAAGUGAUUGAACUCCGCCAGAGGCAUCCACUUAAUGCAAGGACUAAGAAACCAACUGCCAAGGUUCUAACAAAAAAAAAAGUGAAUCUAGCCUAUUAAAAUUCAACUGUUUCAUUCUUUCCUAAUCUGUCUCAUCCUAUGUAAAAAUAAUUAUUAUUAUCAUCACCCCCUAUCUCUCUAUCUGUCCAUUCUGCUCGUGUACCUCAUAUAUUUAUUACAUUUUAUUAAUAACGGAUAAUUUUAAAUAUUUUCCUAAGACUUCUCCCUCGUAAACCCACGGAGUGUGAUGUAUAAAUGAUAUAGAAUGUUUUAUUUAGUUUUGAAUCAAACAGUUCGGUUUUAUAAUGAAAAAAACUAAAGAUCUAAAACGUUUGGUUUAAUUUUUGAGCUUCAAUGGUCUAAAAUUACCUCUUUGACAAUUGAGUAUGGAGGAAACGUUUUAAAUUAAGAGCUAAUUGGGAGCGAGCAGUGAGGGCUUUAGAUAAUUACUCGUUUUGCCCAAUUAUUCCACCAGAGAGGUCAUUUUUAGAAAGUGAUAUGAAGGAAGUAAAAAACGGUUCAUUCUUUUAAAAUUAGAAUUGUUAAAUAUCUGUAUCUCGUUUAGCUAACUCUGGCAAACUAGUGUUUUAAAUAUUUUGAUUUUUAGUUUAUUUUGAAAAAGAACAAUCUGUAAAAGCGAAUGGUAAGUGUUGGUGGAGACGUAAAUAGAGCUUUAGAUGAUUUC